CGGCGCCGCCGCUGCCCGCCUCAGCCCAACAUGGCGAUGCACAACAAGGCAGCGCCACCGCAGAUCCCGGACACUCGGCGGGAGCUGGCGGAGCUCGUGAAGCGGAAGCAGGAGCUGGCGGAAACACUGGCAAACUUGGAGAGACAGAUCUAUGCGUUUGAAGGGAGCUACCUUGAAGACACACAGAUGUAUGGCAAUAUUAUUCGUGGCUGGGAUAGGUAUCUGACCAACCAAAAAAACUCCAAUAGCAAAAAUGAUAGAAGGAACCGGAAGUUUAAGGAAGCUGAGCGGCUCUUCAGUAAAUCCUCAGUGACUUCAGCAGCUGCAGUAAGUGCGCUGGCAGGGGUUCAGGACCAGCUCAUUGAAAAGAGGGAACCAGGAAGUGGGACGGAAAGUGAUACUUCUCCAGACUUCCACAAUCAGGAAAAUGAGCCCAACCAGGAGGAUCCUGAGGAUCUGGAUGGAUCUGUGCAGGGAGUGAAACCUCAGAAGGCUGCUUCUACUUCCUCAGGGAGUCAUCACAGCAGCCAUAAAAAACGAAAGAAUAAAAACCGACACAGCCCGUCUGGCAUGUUUGAUUAUGACUUUGAGAUUGAUCUGAAGUUAAAUAAAAAACCACGAGCUGACUAUUAGAAGACUCGUUAGUGCAGAAGCUUCCAGGCUGUAGAGCCCUGCUUCCCUCCUCCGACCUCACAAAGACAAACAUCCCUGCCCGCGUGUGUGGCCAUCCACCUCUGCUUUCCCAGACCCAGUGUCUGUGACUCUGAGUAGUUUGUUCUGAAAAGUGGUGAAAAGUCAUUUCUGUAAGACCACAUCGGAUCAUUCACAUUGUGUCAUUCUUAGUAACAGAACUGCAGGGAGACCAAGACAUGGUUAGAAUCCCAGCAAGUUGCUAACUGAAUCUCUCCCUUCUUGGAACAAAUAUCUACCCCCAAACUGGCCGGCACCAGCUUUGUCUGUGAUACCCUUCGGGACAUGGUCUCUGCUUUGGUUUUUCCGCUGAAAGUAGAGCACAGAUCACAUUUCAGAGGGAGGCUGUAAAUAUCUGGCAUAUCCUUAUUUUGUUUGUGUUUUAUCAUUUUUCUAUUGUUGUUUUUACCAUCUUUUUUUCUUUUGGGGCUUUUUGUAAUGACUUUGUACAGCUCAUACCUUCCUGCUGACAUAUCUAAUAAUCUGUUUUGCGGAGUUGCCAAUGUUCUUAAACUGAAAGUGACCUGGUUUACCAUAAAUAAAAUGGGGAACUUGGCUCUUUGGUUUUUUGAAGGGGAAAGGUAAGGUAUGUUUAUUUAAUAAUUACCUAUCUUAAAUCUCUGUGUUGGAAGCAGUCAUGUUCAAGGAAUAGGAAAAGUUGAAAAACGUAAGUUUAAAUCAGUCCUUUUAAAAUAUUUUUAUUCUUUUGUAUAAAUAAAAUUUCACAGGCUUUAACUUUUCAUGCUUUUAAACCUGAGGUUUUUUUUUCACUUAUUUAUUCAUAUCAUACCUUAUGGAAAUUUCUUUUUUCAUCUUUUCUCUCUUUGCUGGUAUUUGCCUGAUUAAAUAGUGCUCAGAAAAUCAUGAAGGCAUAUGGAAAGGCUCAUAAUUGCACUCAAAACUGAUAAUAUGUAGAGUUCCUGGGCAGAGUGAAAUAUAGGAUCAACGAGAGCCAGCCCAACAGGUCCCCCGUUCCUAGAGGGGGUCAUGGGCCCAGGAAAUUGCUGAUGGUUAGCAGGCUGAGGAGCAGUUGUGAUCUACCCUGGCUGCACAUUGGAAUCACCGGGGCUUCGAAAAAGGCCGACGCCUGGGUCCCAUCCCCAGAGACUCUGGGCUAGGGUACUGUCUAGCUGUGGGAAAUCCUUUCAGAGAGUCCCUGGGAUUCUGAUAGGAAGCCAAGUUAAGACCCACUGCAUUAGGAGACUGGAUGAUGUGAUUUAACUCCUGUGUUGUGAAUCAGUCUAAGGGGUACGAUUUGGGGCCUCACCUCUCCUUUGACUCUAUUUAGUUAUAGCCUUCACUUAUGCCUAUAUCUUUAUUAGAAAAAAUAUGUUCUAUUUGUGAUAAUAUUGGUAGAGCUGAAUGUGGGUGGUGUCGAUGAUCAAAACAAUUCUACCUUGUCAGAUGUGCAAAAGCUUUCACUCUUUUUCUCAAAUAAAUUUUUUGGAUU